AUGUCACCACCAGUCACUGUCUCCUGCCUGGCCAAUGCAGGUGGCCUCCAGCGGAGAUACAUUCAGAAGUGCAAGAUUUCAGACCUGUACUGGCAGUUCCAGGCGGAGUGGGCCACUUUAUCUGAGGCCCAUGAGCAAUUUGGAAGAGACAUUCCAAGCUAUGAUACCUUUCGGCGUCGGUGGAACUCGCACUGGUGUGGUAUGCUGCACAUGCGGGAGAAGAGUCAGCAUAAGCAGUGCCAGAUUUGUUUUGAUUUGCAGCUGUGUUUGCACAGUCCUACAGUCCCACUGUCCACCAAGAUGGAAGCAGCAAAAACCUUGCGACGGCAUCAGGCUGAGCAGUAUGAGGACAGGAUGUUAUACUGGUCACUGCGCUUUGCUUCCCAGGCCCAAAGUCAUGGAAUGUCUGAAGAUCCCCUGCCAGCUUGUGGCUCCAGCUCAGUCCUCACAAUCAUUAUUGAUGAUAUGGACCAUAGCAAGUUUGCUUGGCCAAAGUUUCCAUUCCGGAAAUCACCUGCAGAGAUGGAGAACCUCAUCCGGCCAACAGUCACCUUCACAGGCGCCAUAGCCCAUGGCUGGGGCACAUACUUAUAUAUGGCCAAUCCCAAUGUCAUGGGUGGUUCAGACUACUUUUGUGAAGUCCUCUGUCAGACCAUACAGAAUGUUUGGCGUGCCUGCAAUCCGCCUGACAGUCCACAGUCCGACAGUCCUCCAGUCAGGCGCCGUGUCUUUCCUGCACACUUGGUUGUCAUAGCAGACAACACAGUCAAGAGUGCCAAGAACCAGUUUGUGUUGCGAUUUCUUUCCUACCUGGUCGGCAAGAAGCUGUUCAAAUCUGCAACACUGUUUCAUUUGAUGGAAGGGCACACUCAUGAGGAUAUUGAUCAGCUGUUUGCUGUGGUCUUUUCCAUCAUGAAGAAGAAACAAUCUUGGCAGACCCCCGAAGAGAUUUUGGAGCACAUCCGAACAGGCCUACAGUCCUGCAGUCAAAUUCUUCAGCGUGGCGAACUGGUGGCAAGACAUGUGACUGGUGUCCGGAAUUUUGAUGCUUGGCUUCAGCCCAUGAAAGUGGAACUGCACAAUGCCUUUAAGGCCCGGUCCCUCAACCAGACGCCAGGGCUGGCACGGGUGGAAGUCCCGCAUUGCUAUACUUUUGUUGCAGGUGAUUCCAUGCCAGCAAAGCACAGAGACCUCUUGCCUGAGGGUGUGAACCCUUUUGCAGUCUAUGUUUGUGUCAAGAUGUAUGUGCGAGAUUUGCUGUUGAGUCAGCCGCCGCUGCUGAUGUGCACGCCAGAGCGGCUGCAAAGAAUCUUGGCUGGCAGCCCGCCCAUGGUGCAUGCCAUGGUUCCUUUGACUGAUGCACAGAUCAAAACUUGGUCUCAGAUAGCAGACCUUUGUGCAGGGAAGUAUGGUCUUCCAAAUGCUGCUCAUGCCUUGAACGCCAUGAUGGUGGAAAGGCGAUACCACGUCAUUGAGCUCACAUUUUUGAUGCAGCCACCACGGCAUUUCAUUGCAGUCCCAGAUGGCAAUGCACAGCUGCCAUGUCUGCCAUCCACUUGCUGGAGGCUCAUGGCCCGGUUUAAGCGUUGA